AUGAAUCUAUCCCCGGGUCAAGUCGCCGUGGAAGCACCGCAGGCGGCACCUCUGGGAUGGCAAGAAAAUCUGAACAUUCACCUGAUUUGUAAAGAGUGUCGAGAGGUUCCUCCCAACCUGGUCGAGGAAUUCGCGUCCGGCGAUACAGUCUGCGGUUCUUGCGGCCUGGUCCUUACUCAACAUCUGGUCGAUACACGCUCCGAGUGGCGGACGUUCUCUAACGAUGACCAAGGCAACGACGAUCCCUCCCGUGUCGGAGAUGCCGCAAAUCCCCUACUCCACGGCUCUCAACUUCAGACCAGCAUUGGCUUUGGAGAUGGCUCCCGUGCUGCCAGGGAUCUGAAUCGUGCCCAGGGCAAGAGUACUUUGGACAAGACCAACAAGAGCUUGAUGGCAGCAUACAAGCAGAUUGGCACUCUCUGUGACUUCUAUCACAUGGGUUCGCACAUUGCAGACACCGCUAAGCAUCUGUACAAGAUGACGGAGGAUGCGCGACUGUUCAAAGGUAAAUCGACCGAUGCUGUCAUUGCCGGGUGCAUCUUCAUCGCUUGUCGUCAGAAUAAAGCCCCUCGUACGUUCCGUGAGAUCUAUGCCCUGACCAAGGUGUCGAAGAGAGAAAUUGGUCGCACUUUCAAGACUCUGGAGAAGUUUCUUCAGGUUAACAAGAAUACUUCUAACGAGGUCACUGCGGGCGGUCUCGUCGUCGGCGCAGCUAAGAUUCACGCGAACGAGUCUACCAAGCCUGAAGAACUGGCCCGUCGCUACUGUAACCAGUUACGACUUUCUGAUGAGAUUGGCGCUAUAACUCACGAUCUGUGCAUCCGCACAAAUGACCAAGGCUACAUUGCUGGCCGCUCCCCUCUAUCUGUUGCCGCGGCUUGCAUUUACAUGGUGUCGUUCUUGAUGGGCAAAGGGAAGACACCGAAAGAUAUCUCGAAUGUGGUUAAUGUCAGUGAUGGUACAAUACGCACUUCGUAUAAGCUCCUACUACCACACAAAGAUGCGCUCAUUGAUCCCAAGUGGAUUGCUCGCGGCGGUGACAUGAAAAGACUUCCUGCUAGCUAG